UCCUCAGGGGACACGACUCGAAUACUAUUGUGAGGGAGGAUACAUCCUGAAGGGACAGUCUUCUGUCACGUGCGAAAAGAAUGGAUUCUGGUCAGCAGAUAUGGUCCCAUCAUGCGAAACUGGAACCUGUGGACAAUCACUCGUGCAGACAGUGGGGAAGAUAACCCACGGGGAACGAACCAAGGCAGGGGAAUGGCCUUGGAUGGUGGCCAUCGCCAUAAACUACAAGAACUUCUCCAACGUGGUCUGUGGGGGAGCCUUGAUCGAUACGCAAACGGUCUUGACCGCUGCCCAUUGUUUUGACACGCCUGACGUCUUCGAGCUCUUCUUCGGGAAAUAUCGGAGGCAGACUGCUGACGAUGACGAGAAAGUGGAAAAAAGAACGAAUUUAACUGUGAAAAUUCACCCAAACUACAACAAGACAACGUACGAUUCUGACAUCGCUGUGGUGAGAUUCUCGCCUCGCAUCAAGUACAAUGACCGCGUCCAACCUAUAUGUCUCCCUUCUUUCGAAACGACGGCACACAACAUCCAUCGCGGAAAGAAAGGAUACGUGACUGGUUGGGGAUUGAAUGAAAAGGACAUGCCCUCUGACGCCCUUUUCAUGGCUCACUUACCAGUCAUGCCGGCGGAUUUCUGCGUGAAGGCUUACCAAAACCAAGGACUGCAAUUACCAAUCACGUCCAACAUGUUCUGCGCAGGAUUCGAAAAUGGCGGGACGAGCGCAUGCACGGGGGACAGCGGGUCGCCCAUGGUGUUCCGCGACAGACGACUACACCGGUACGUUGUGGAAGGCCUCGUCAGUUUCGGUGUCAGUGGUGAAUGUGGCCUUCCCAGACGAUAUACCGUGUUCACGAAAAUACAACCAUACUUGCCUUGGAUAUUUCAUAACAAGUCGUAAUGUAAGGGAGUUGUUACUUCGUGUUAUACUUCAUCAAAGAUAGAUUCCAUUGUAAAAAUUCCUGCUCUUACUACUUGUUUUCCGUGGGAAGAAAUGAGCUCUCUCAAGGUCAGGCCUCUUCUUACCAGAGCUGGAUUGUACUCGUAAGCGCACAGUGAAUCAAAAAAUCUUUUAACAGGCAUUCAUUCCACUCAUGUCACUGGC